GCAGACGCACUGUGUUCAGGGAGGGUGAGACAUAAAUGGGAGAUGGAGAGGAAGGGGGAGGAGGAGAAGAAGAGAGAGGGAGAGUGUGUUAGCAUAAUGGGAUUGAGGGAGUGAGGGAGGAGCAGAGUGAAACAGAGCUGAGCUUCAGCUCAUCUUAAGAAGGGAGGUUAGCUCCUCUGCUAGCCACACAAACACACACAUACACAUACAUACAUACACUCACAUACACACAAACAAACACACACUCAUACAAAGCUAACGAAGCUAGCAGAGCAAACAGUGGGAGAGCAGCAGAGAGACUGCAGAGCAGCAGCCAUGACAGACACCGGUGAGUAAAUACAUAUAUAACAUUUGUGUGUGUGUGUGUGUGUGUGUGUGUGUGUGUGUGUGUGUGUGUGUGUGUGUGUGUCAUAUGAGUGAUGACGUAUAAUACCAGCUGUGCUUUCUGGCAUCACUUGACAGUGUGUGUGAAGACAAGACAUGAUAGAUAGAUAGAUAGAUAGAUAGAUAGAUAGAUAGAUAGAUAGAUAGAUAGAUAGAUAGAUAGAAUCACUAAUUAAAGAUGCCUUUUCUUCUCUGUAAAAGGAUGCAGGGUUUGACAUGCAAUUUACAUGGAGUAGUAAUUCAGUAUUACACCGAUGAAGGCAAGAAAUACCAGUUAAUUUUCUAGAGCAGGUCUCUGUUGAGUCCUGUCAGAGAACAAACCUUAAACCUCUCUCAGUAAUCACAGACACAUGACCUUUUUUAUUCCUCACUGUAUAACAUUAUCUUAUUUUAAUUAAGUGUAAUUAAUUAAAUUCGCAAAUAAUUCAAUUUCAGUCAGCAUCAUGUUUAAGCUGCUUUGAUGAGUUUUAAGUUGGUUAUGUAACAGACUGUAACGAAUUUUAAUACCUCUAUAUAAUCCAUAAACACAUCAGGACCAUCAUUUGCCAGAUUUGAUAAUUCUUUACAGUUAUUAUUGAUGCCUUGAAGCAUUAGUCACAGUCUUAUUUUUAAUAUUUUUGUUUAAAGACUAUUUACAAAUGAACAGGACAAACUGGCUUAGUGAUGAGAGGAACUACUUUCUCCACUAGGGGGCACAAUCUAACUCCCGUUUGUAUAACUUUAAAAAAAAUAUAUUUUAUUUUAGACAUAUUUUUUAAAGGGAGAUCUAAAACUAAUACCUACAGUUGACAUAGUCAAAUAUUAUACUCACACUUUACUAACAAAAGCCUAUGCGAAAUACUUAUAAAAUAUAUAUUUUUUAAUAUUCCUCACAUGUUGAGUUUUCUAUAAAUAUUAGCACUAAGUCGCAGCUUUUUUUGUGUUACCUUCCUGUCGCUUUAUUGUUAGCUUGUUUUACGAUCUUCUCUGAUGAAUCAGGGCCUGUGUCCACUAUUUCCCUUGAAAAACCUAUAAUUUUAAUAACUUCAGCUAUCAGUGGCCAAAACGCAAGAACACCGAUGCCUGCACGAAUGCUGUCUCCUCCUGCUGUUUUGUUACCAUGCCAACAGCUCUCUGACUUGAAAAAAUAUCUAAUUUACCAAACACCGCCAAACAAAUAAUAGUCACCUCCCCUUGACCAGCCAAUCAAAAAACAAAGGAGUGGGAUUUCCAUGCUUGUUUUAUCAAUGGCAGUGGAUAAACUAGACCCUCAUCUGUGAGGUGUAUAGUUUUCUUUCAUUCUUUAAUUCACAUGAAAAAUUAAGCAAACUUUAUUGCUAGGGAAGCUGUAGUGCUGUGGGAUAACUACUACAACCUAACAACCACGAGUGCCAGUGACAAGUAGGGCUGCAGCGAUACGCAAAUUUCAUGAUAUGAUACAAUACACUUCACAAUAUUCAGCUCACAAUGUGAUAUAAAUCACGAUGUUCAGCCAGCAUGCGUUACCUUGUCCUGGUGGUAAUGUUUUAGGUGCAUUCGUAGGUUGGUUGUAUUUUCAGAAAAUUUCAUGCUUUUUACACAGCGAGCAGGAGUGCCAGGUGGAACAAGAGGGAUUUAAAUGAGACUAAAUGUAUCGAAACUCGUGGCUGAAAAAUCGAUACUUUCUGGAAAACAAGCCCCAGUGACAAGUGCUCCGACAAUCAGGUUGUGGCGCUGCUAGUGCAAAAACGCCAUCAGUGGACACAGGCCCUCGACCAAGAGCAAAGACUGUUUGGCUUUGUUUUGUAAACUUACCUCCUUUUUAGCCUUACUCCUGCUCACAGAUAUGCAUACUUCUUGCUCCAGAGAACCAGGAUGGCAACACCAGAAAAUAUCAAACUGCAUCGUUCAUAACGACAGUCAGUAAAAGGAUCAGUUAUGUCUGGAUGACUCGCUUAAUUAUCCACAAAGAAUCCUCUGCCUGCCCAAAGUUUUAUUUAAACAUGAUUAUAAACCACAGAUGAUGUUAAAUGCUGAGUGCACUUCUCAAACACAUAAGGGACUUUCUAAUUCUGGGUCAGGCACAAGCUGUAAGGGGUUUAUUUAACCAGUGCUGGCUCUGUCGUAAAACAUUUCUGCUUACCUGGGUUCAAACCUUUAAUCCUCCAUCUGUAAGGCUGAUCAAUAGUUCAUUUUCCAACGCCUGAUCGAUCCAAUCACAGUUUACAGUGUCAUUAUACCAUUUAAAGAUACGUGUCAAACGAAAAGGUAAUAUUAAUGACCUGAUACAGAAUAUUCUUGUUGUACUUUUCAAAGGCAUUUUAUAACCUUAGUCUGUUUGCAUAACAAUUCCAUCAACUUAAAAUAAUUUAGAUUCAGGCUGAAAUUUCCUCCUGUGGGUUCCUGGAAAAUGACAAAAAAACGUCCUCCUCAUACACCCGUUCGCAGUUAAAACUUCUAUUUCUGGAGUCUGAUAAAAAAAAAAAGGCAGACAGACUAAUAAUAAAGCUGUCAGCAUGACAAACACACAGAGCAAAAUAGCUAAAUAACUCUGCUUUUGUCGUUGAAUUUAAAGUUAAAAUAUUUCAGGCAUUUGCUACUCUGUGUGGAGUGAUAAUAUGUCUCUCUAAGAAAAACUCCAACCAGGCGGAGGAAUGAACCUGGAUUAAAAGCCAAAUAACAGAGUCAUCACUGAUUUAGUCUUGUCCUCAGUUGAUUGAACCCAUAAUUUAUUGAUUUAUUGAUAUGACAUUAACAUAACACUUGAUGAUAAUCGCAGCGCUUCAUCAACAGAUCGCUGAAACAGCUCAGGAACAGUGAACAUACAAUGAACACACAAACACACACACACAGACGUAGCAGGUUGUCUGACAGCAGAUUUCACUCUGAGCUAUUUUCAUUCAGCUUACAAGAGAUUAUCAGUGGUGAUCACCAUCUGCAGGUCUGUGUGUCUGCGUGUGUGUGUGUGUGUGUCUGUGUCUGUGUUAAUUAGAGCUACAGCACAUGUAUGAAAAGUAGCUCCAAAGGUUUGUGAGCUUGACUUCACGCUAGCAGUGAUUUCCUACAAUAAAUGAAUGCUAUGUUUUCGUGAAGGUUCAUAUUUUUGAAGUGGAUGAAUAGGGUAUUGAUCAUUUAGAAGAGCACCAGAAAGAAACUGUUAAAUAAAGCAGAGAUCCUUCAGACAAGGACUGUGUGGGCUGUUAAGUGUCAGGAGCUGAGCUACAUCCUGCUGCAGACAGGGUCAUGGGAGACAUUUUCUGUAGACAUUUUAGAAAGACCAGCCUUGGAAAUUAUUUCAGCUGAAGGUACAGCAAUAUUUUUAGUUAUUUUAACACUUCACCUCUCCUGAUCUGUGUUUCUAUCGCCCUUUUCAAUUAAAUAAUAAAAGAAAACAAACAUAUUCAGUGAAUCUUCUUAUUAGACAUCCUGCCCUAGUGAAUAUUUCUGUGUUUGUGUGUGCAUGUGUGCUUGUUUCCUGUGUGUUCAGCCAUAUUUCUGCACUUAUGUGGAUGUUUGUUUCUGAAUAUGCUUGUCUUUGUGUGUGUUUGUGUGCAUGUGUUGCAGAUGCCCUGAGUGAUGCCUUGCAGGCUCUCAGCGUGAGCACGGAGCUGAUUGAAGAGGAGCUGAAGCCUCACCUGGACACGGUGCUUACUGCUCUGCUGGAGAAGAGUAAGAUCAUUGAUCGACGGAUUGAUUAGUAUUCCUUCCUCUCAUGUUUGGACAGGUGUGUUUGUUGCUCUGCUGUGUAUAAUCAGGUGUGUUCAUCACCCACAGAGAAAGAUGCUGCAGUGGAGAUUUCUAGAAGUGGGAUUCUCCCGACACUGGCUCAGGCGUUAGAGAUGAAGGGCAGUCUGAGCUGUCAGGUGGCGCUGGUGGUGGCGGAAAUGGCCAGAGAAGGUGCUUUUUUUUUUUUUUCAAUUUAUUGCCCUUUUAAUCAAAGAGAAAGGUUCCAGGGAGAAGCAAUAUUUCAUUUCACAGAGAGCACAGAUAAAUUCUCUGUUCAGGUUUAUAAUGCUGUUGGUCUGACAGUAAAGUUUCUGGCUGAAAUGCCGGUCAGGAGGAACUACUCUCCUCAUUUUAAUCAACCUGAUUUAUUUCUGUGUUUGCAUGUUCACUGUGUUAAAUAGUGACCCCAAAUUGCCUGUUGGUGUAAACUUAAGUGUGAUUUUUGUCUCUGUGUGUCACCCUGUCAUUGACAAGUGACCUAUUAUCGAAGUAACUUGAAUUAGAUCCACCAUCCUGACCCUAAAGAGAUAAAUAACAGAAAUAAUAUUAACUAGAGCCUGCGUUAGAAAUCAUGCAACUAUACUCUCGAUUUCUUUUGUUAUGUUAACCACGCUUCCUCUCACUGUUGAGUGUUUUGUCCUUUCAUUUUUUUUUCCAUUUUUAGCCAUAUCUGAGCUCCACUUUUAUCCUGUUAACACAUUUUGACAAAGUAGAUGAUGAAAUCACUAAAAGCUGAAAUUUUAAAGAUUGAUGUCUUCCAGUAGAGGUAGCCUGCUGAGGCCAGCACUACCUCUGUCAUAACAAGGACUGCGGUAGGACGACUGUGUCAAGAUGAGCUACAUGCUGCUGAGUGAGCCCUUUCUUUGCUGGGUCCACUUGUUCGGCUCCUCUGAAAACCUCAAGUCAUUACUUCCCAAACAUCCAUUUAAAAAGACAAAGGGUCAUGCACUUCAUCAGACUUUUUUGCUUUAUCUCGACCUUGCCCUCACAUAAACCUGCUGCAAGCUAGCCUCAAUUCCUACAUCUCCCCAGGUUUAGUCUUUAUGCUUCAUAAAUGUGUGGGGUCAUUGAAGUUUCUCAGUCUUUAUGGGGAGCCCUCUGCCAUAGUCCUCUCCUCAAUGUCUUGUGGUGUGCUGCAGGGCUGUGUUCUGGGCUGCAGAAGCUUUUCUCCUCGGUGCUGCCUCGAAGACAAAUCAAUCAGUUUAGAAACAGCGUAUCAUCUGCAUAAAGAUGAAUCAAAACUGUGCUUUGUGUUUGUGUUGUAGCUUCAGUGAGGGAGCCGUGCAUCGAGGCUGGUCUGGUAAAGGUUCUGGUUCCUUAUCUGAACAGCAAUGACCCGGAGAUGCUGCUGAAUACUGGAAGAGCCAUCGGACGGAUCUGCUUUGAUAACUGUGAGUGUGUCUGUCUAUAGUGAGUAACUUUGUAUGUGUAAAGUUAGCGGCUUCAGUGAAGGGUUUUCAAUAAUAAUGUUACAAUUUCACAUUUUGAUCAAAUUCAAUUCAUUUCCUUCCAUGCAACUUUGAAAUGUUGGUCAAUCUUUGCCUCUUUUCCUCUAAAUGUGAGAAAUCACUCCAUUUCAGCUACAGACAUUGACACAAUUGUCACCAAACUUGCUUCUUUGGUGUUCAUAACACCAAUCCUCUUUGGUUUUGAGUGUUGUAUAAACAUCAGAGAGAAUCAUUUCACACUGCUGUGUACUGUGUAGUUGAUAUCUUUGAAAUGCUGCUUGCCAGAGACCUCCUCUCCUUUUUGUUGUGCAGCAGACUGCUGAGCUGUUUUUAUAAUGCCUCUGUGUUGUCUCAAAACUGCUUGACAGUCUCUGAUCAAUAGUUAAUUUCAUCUUGUGAUUAUUUAUCCAUUUUGGAAAUGUAAGCUGUCCAGGCCUGGAUACAGUUGCAAGUCAGUGCUGAUUUCACAGAGAAAUUGUAUAGUGGGUAAUAAGCUUAACUCAGUGGAUUUAUACGUCUACAGCACCUGAAAUAACAAGUAGAGUAGCAUAAAUCUGACAGAUAACAUGCAGAUUAUUCCUAAAAUUUGCACACAAUGCAAACUCUGUCUGUUUAUCUUGCUGUCUUGCACUGGAUGUGAAACUGGUUACUCAAAAAGAGUUUCAUAACGUUGCAGCAUUACUUCUUUUUCCAAAGGCCUUUAAAGAGGCAUUUUAGGCUGCAGCAAUCAAAGAAAAAGCCUGUGAAAUCAUAGAGGGGCUGAUUUAUAUGAGGCUACAGGGAAACAGUGAGAGAGUGAAAGUCUCUCUGAAGCUUUACUAUAAGGCUUUAUCUGCAUAUGCAGACUCAUCUUCAGUCGUGAUCAUUUAAAUAUGAUGAGCUGUGUGUUGGUUAUAUUCCCUCAUCAGCGAGAUGAUUAAAAGUUAAACAGAAAGAGGAGAUGCUGAAGGGCUAUUAAGUAUCAGUGCCUCUGGAUAAGCAUGUACAUGCAAACAAAGUAUAAGUGAAUUAUCUUUAACUCUGUGUGGGGUAUCUCUUCCCCUCACUGUCUGAACCAGCAUACCAACAGGACCAGCUGGUCCAGAGCGGUGUAAUCCCCAGACUGGUGACCAUCAUCAGGGACUAUCCAGAGAACGAUCCACUGGUCAAUGUGUGUCUGUUGGCUCUUUGCAACCUGGCUGACAUAGGUGAGAAUUACUUUAUUAUUACUUUAUUUAUGGGCAGCAGUAGCUCAGGAGGUAGAGUGGUCGUCCCAUAACUGAAGGGUUGGCAGUUUGAUUCCCCCCGAUCCUUAAUCUGUCUGUUGUGUCCUUGGGCAAGACACUUAAAGGGAUAUUCCGGCAUAAAAUUAAUUUAGCGUCAAACACACCGUAACACAGAGUUAGACACCCCCUCGAGAGAUGAAUAUUGCAGGAAUCAGGGAAGAACAGUUAUGAUCAUUUCUUUAUCAUUUUCUUGAAGUAAUAAUCAUCAUAUUUAUCAUUUUGCACUGCAGAUGUGAUAGUUCUUCUGCCUUAGCGUCUCGGUCUGUUUGCAUUUCCGUGAAGAAAUGAUCAUAAAUGUUCUUCCUUGAGCUGCGUCACCCCGCUUGAGUCGAUGAUGGACUGGUCGAGUUGUGUUUAGUCUCUUUGCUAAAGAAAUCAGGCAAAGUUAAAAAGAUGUUUGGUGGCUAGUACUAUGGCUGGGGCCCUAUAUGUACUGUUGGUGAAAUUAGGUGCUGUUCUGAGCAUCAGUUGUGGCUAUAGAGUGGCUUUUUGGUUUAGGUUUGUGUGUGGCUUUUGAGACCACUGUGCAUUGCUAUCGUUUGGUCAUUACUAAAGUUAGUUUAACUACAAAAGCAAGCGGUCGACAGCAUUCAUCUCUCGAGGCGGUGUCUAACAUUGUGUCACGGUACGUUUGACCCUAAAUUAAUUUUACGCCAGAAUACCCCUUCAACCCACCUUGCUCACAGUGUGUGUCCUCCACCGGUGUAUGAUUGUGAGUGUUGUGUGGUGGGGUUUGGAGAGGUGGAGUCUACCCCAGGACUACUAAGGUAGUUUACCACCACCAGGGUGUGACUAUGUGAGCAAAUGAAUGUUGUAUCCGAUGUAAAGUGCUUUGAGGGUCUCUGAGAAACUGCUAUAGGAAAUCUGAUGCAUUAUUUACUAUCUUUACAUAUGUCAACAUAGUCUUUAAAGUAGCCUAAAUUGAUGGUUGCCAAAUAUGGAAGGUGAGGCUGUGUUAGUGUCUCCAAAGAGGGUCAGGAUCAUAGGGGGCUAAGGCCCAUUCAUGGUCCUGGAGAAUGAAGGCUUGCCAGUGUAGUCCAAUCCAACAGUCAAGCAAUUUUAUUUCAUUGGAUCGGAACCAGCUCUGUUGGCCAAUUAUGUGCACAAAUGUUAUUUUUGUAGAUGGUGUGGAUCUGUCUGUAGGUAAAUCACCACCUUGUGUGUUUGCAGAUUCUGCACGAGAGGCUCUGGCAGACCAGCAUGUUGCAGAAGUUCUGACGUUUCAGCUGAAACGAGCGCCUGAUGCUGAACGUCGACAUGUGAUACUGGAGAUACUGGGAUCCCUGGGAGAGAGUGGUGAGACCAACUGGUUAAAAGACAGCGAUGAAAUUACCCUGGUUCCCUGUCAGAAGAGACCCUUUGUUUCUCUGUUUCCUCCUAUCACUCUCUCUCUCACAAUCACACAAACACAUGCAUACACACUGCACCCUGAGAUCCUGUGGGCUGAAGGGAACAAUCAGCAUGGUGACAAGGGACAACCCUGACAGAGGCCAACACACACACACACACACACAUGUCUGACUUUGUGCUGAAUAUGCAAAGCUCUCUCUUAGGUCAUACAGGGAUUGAGUGGCUCAUAGUAACAGCCCUGUAACUCCAUAUUUCUGCAUGAGACACUGAGAGACAAAGUUCAUAAGCCUUCUUCAUGUCCACAAAACACAUUUAACAUGUGCAGUGUUCGUUGCUAUAACCCCAUCAUGAUCAAACUAUCAAGCCACACUCUUGUCUUAACAGAUACACUGAAGCUGCAGUUUGCAGAGUCAGGAGUACCAGAGGCUCUGUCAGAAAUGAUCCGGGCUCUGCAGGGGGGGUCUGACCCUCAUGAUCUCUGCAGCAUCAAGAUCGCCUCCAACCUCAUAGUGUCCCUGCUUCUAGGAGGUGAGUGUGAUUGUCUUAAUGUGCACAAGCAGCUACUGUUAAUUUUUUAAUGUAAAAUGAAAUUUGUUGGAAACAUCGACUGCAGCAGUUGAUAGGGGGCAACAAACAGGCUGCAGAGACAUCAGUUUAGGAAAAUUGAUGCAUUAUGAAAGUAAGGAUUGGACAGUGACCGGAAAAAUGCUUUUAGUUAAAGGUAACUGACUGGCAGUAUAAUGUAGCCCUUAAAAGAACGAACAAACACACUGCACUCAAACUGAAGUUAAACCCAAACUCUAAACACCACCUAGCUCUUGACCAGGUUGGAAGUGCAGACAAUGUUUUCUGAGACCGAUGCGCCUCUGUUAUUUCAUUAGUUUGUUUUGUGUAACAGACAAAAAGGCAUAAAAUCAUCCUCAGCAGGAGUGGUGAUGUGUUUCUGUCAUUCUAUGUGUGGCUUUACAGAUGACUCCAUGCAGAAGUGUUUUGGUGAAGGGUCAGGUCUGGUGUAUCAGGAUGUUCUGUCGUGGUUGCAAAGCUCAAACACUCAACUGCAGCUCUCUGGAGCUCUCGCCAUCGCCAACUUUGCCAGAAAUGGUGAGAAAAAACAACAAAACCCAAAUCAAAGAGAUCGCUGUGAAUUCACACAAACUUUUAAGAGAUGCCCUUGACAUGAAGCAUGUUACUGAAAACACUUCCUGCUUUCGGUAUUACUUUGAGUAAACAGUCCAAAAUAGGUCUUAAUUCUCUUUUAGAGGGCUAAAAACAUGGUUUUGUCCAAGGGUGUGAGAGAUAUGUUGUCUGUGAUAUUAUCUUAAUUGUUGUUUCAAGGAUGUGUAAAAUGACAACAUUGAGUUUAUCUAUCCGUUUUGCAUAAUUUGAAUAUGUGCAGAACCAAAGUAAUUCAGUUUAAAGGUUCCCACAUGAACUGAAUAAAUAAAAUACCCCAAAAUAUUGAGAUACAUAUUUUUGCAUGAACACAAACUUCUGUUUUCCUCAAGAGAGAGCUGGAAUCAUUGUUUAAAAGUUAAUAAGAACUGCUUGUAAACAUAGAAGAACAUGCAAGGAAAUUUCCUUCAGGAGGUGGUGGAGACCAAAUCAGAGCUAAAACAGAUAUGCACUAAACUCCAGAGAACUUCUCAGGAUGAGCUGCAUGUGUGAACCAAGCACAGAAUGAAGCCAACCAAGAGGUAAAGAUGUACCUAAAUCUGCAGUUCCCAGAGUGUCCAUGAGGAGGGUGCAAGUGCACUGGAAACCACAUACACACCCAUUCAAAAGAGCUCCUCUUUAAAGCAAGAAUAAACAGGUUUACAGCCCAACACAGGAAGGGAUUUGGUCCAAAAAGUUUAUUUCUCUUUCCUCACUCACUAGAGGUGAAUUUAUUUAUAAGCCAUUGCCUUUAAAAAUAUCAAGGUUAUGAAUUUGGCGUAGAUAGUGGUAUGGUUGAUUGAUUGAUGGGCACUGUGACUGUUUGUAAAAAGGACUCUCAACUCUUCCUCUUUGUGUCUUGUCAUGUUUGCUUCUUGUUUGUUGAAUAAGGUUAGAGAAAAGUAAGACAUUCUGAUUAGUUGGAUUACACAUGAGAGGAAUGAGUGUGACCCUCUCUCAACUUUGCAAAAAAAUGUUUGUUGGAUUAACUUACAAAGUAAAAACUCCUCAAGUGCAUACAUCAUAUUUGUGUUUAAUGAAAAAUUGCUGUUACGAAAAAAAAACAAAAAAACAUUUAAGGUCUUCUUUAAGUGAUGGUCAUCAGAUACAGCUCAGUCUGAUCUAAAGCUAAAGCUAACUUGUGUUUCUGUUUUUCUAUCAGACAGUAACUGCUUGAAGAUGCUGGACCUCGGCGUGGUUCCUCACAUCCUGACUCUAUUAGAGAAACAUGUUGAUGAAGGAGACGUAUCUGUUCAACAUGCUGGAUUGAGCGCACUCAGAAACCUUGCCAUCCCUGGUAAUGACAUAGAAGAUUUACCAUACAAUCUGAGAAAUCCCAAAACUCAUCAACAUGCGCACAAUAUUGCGCCUCUGUGUGUUUUUUUCAGCCACAAACAAAGUGCGGAUGUUGGAGGACGGAGUCACAGAGAGGAUAAAGACGCUGCUGCGCUCAGACAUGCCUCCAGUUCAGUUCAAACUCCUGGGGACGUUACGGAUGAUGGUGGAUGGACAAGGUAGUAUAAUAAUAUACAAUGGUGCAUGAAGUGGUCUCAGGUGUUUCAUCUGGUAACAGUAGAAGUGAAAUCAGAUGAAACAUAUCAGCAUUUUUCUUCUUCCAGACAGGGAUGUUAAAGCUUUAGAUACUGCCAUCUGUUGGGACCAGUGCAGUACUACAUUACAAGCUAUUUCUAUAAAACCAAAUCAAAAGAAGUCAUCUCUGGACACAAAGAUAAGGUCUAGACGGUUCUCUUUAUAAGGUUAUUUACAAACCAGCAUUGAUUAACCAUGAGCAAGAAAAACUUCUCAAAACAGGCUCUUUGUAUCACACUCAUGGUGAACAGCCAUCUGUCGUGACUGUAAAGGCCAAGACAAAAACAGACAGAGCAAAAACAGAUAGAGUGGGUACACACUAAGAGGGGAUUUGGCCUAUGCUGGGCUCCAACCUCACAACUGACAAAAGUAGGCAAAGUCCUGAAUUUAUGAUGAUCAUGUAGAUUAUCCUGGCAGAUUUUUCUGUGGUGUGAGGGAAAAUUAUAGCCGACCAUCAGGAAGCUGAGAAAUAAGAGAAAUACAGAAUUUGCAUGUCUAAUGAAUUCAUUUUUCCCGGCGGCGGGUCAGAGGAGGCAGCGCUGGUUCUGGGCAGAGACACUGUGCUGCUCACUCGGGUCAUGGAGUGGUGUGAAGCCAAAGAUCACACAGGAGUCAGAGGAGAAGCCAGCCGCCUACUCGCUGCUCUGAUAAGACACAGCCGCAGCGCCGUGAGUUCAUCCAGGCCGUACAACACACUCACACACAGAUACUUAUGUUGACAAUUCACUCAUGCAGACAAAGCAGAGGCACCGUGAUUUCACCCCCACAAGUUAAUAUACACACAUACACGCACACGCACACACACACACACACACACGCACGCACGCACGCACGCACGCAGAGGCAUAAAUAUAGACUGGAAAUCUGUGUCCUCUCUAUUAGAACUGUAUGACACACUGAACACAUGAAAACAUAUAAUUGAGAACACACAGACACACUGAACAUGAACACAAAUACACACAGUCACAAACACACACACAAACACACACACACAUACUCCCUGAACGUCUGAUUUCCUCCCUGACAGGAAGUCGUGCGUGCUGUAGCAAAAGCAGAUGGGGUCCGACAUCUUAUCUCCAUGGCAACAAGUGAGCACGUAAUAAUGCAGAACGAGGCCCUGGUUGCCAUGGCAAUAGCAUCUGCCAUCGACAUAGGUAAAAGUUUCUAAAUAAAAAGAAAAUGCGUGAUACAUUUUUUGAGAACCAACAUUACAGUAUCUGUGGAGGUGAUUGCUCUCAUUCUUCAAGGCCAAGUUGCACUGUUUAAUUUUAAUAUAUCUGUGUGUAUGUGUUUGUGAACAUUACAGACUCAAUGAAGGAUGCAUUCAGGGAUGCUCAGUUGCUUCCUCUCUUGAAGAAGAUGUUGGAAGAUCCAGUUGGAGCGGUGGAAGUGAAGUUCAGUGCAUUAGGUCUCAUCUGCAGCCUGGCUAACAGCAGUAAGUUUGUAUUUCUUUUGUGGCUUCUUUAGAAACAGCAGACAGUAAAUAGAGUACACAACUGGGAAGAGUAUGGAAAGUGUCAUACAGUAGCAAAAGGCUGCAGGUUGGAAUAGAUUGCCAGCUUUUCGACUGUUUACUGGCAGUCAUAACUGUCUUUUUUGGAAAAUGAAAUGUUGAUAGUUACAUACAUUAAUACUCAGAGUAAUUGGUUAACAGUGGUGGUCCUUUGCAUUGGUUGCCACACACCAUAACACAGAGGGAGGCCAAAGAAGAAGCAGCAGCUGCAAAUGAGCUAUCUAGUGGCCCUUCGGAGACGACUGAGAACUUUUAAAAAGUGUUGUCAAAGAUUGUGCCUUUCCCAGUUCAUGAUUAAAUGAUCAUGUCUUCAAUCGCUCUUUGACCUGUUUUCAUUCAGCUCUGCAACUUACAGUUUACUUAUGAAGUAUGAUGAAAACGUAUUUAAGCUAAAGCAUCAAAAAUAAUCCUAUUAUGAGUCAUUGUCAUCUCCAAAGAAGUCUCUUUCACUUGGCUUGUAAUGUUUCAUAAAUUUGAACACCAUAAGAGAUGGAUUGAAAAGAUUGAAUUGAAACAAAGUUGCUCUUCCCGUCUUGUCAUUCUUCAAUUUGACAGAUUUUUACAUCUACGUUUUUUUCCAGAAUAUCAUGACAAUAUUGUUGUUAUGAUAAUUAAUGCCACAAUAAUUGUAUGAUAAAUAAUAACAUGAUUUUGUACAUGAGGCAUAUAAGUUUCACUGCUAAACUUCACUUGUACUCCAGUAACAUUAAAUCCCUUUAAUAUUGUUGACAAUUUAAAGCAUUUGUUUUUAUUCAGCACUGAAACAUGAACAUCUUCUGAUCAGUUGUUAGACCUGUGGCCAUUAACUAUAAUGUAAACAUAAAUAACUUUGCACUUUGGGUCAGUGAGGUUAAAAAACCAACACUGUAUGAUAGUCAUACCAAAGGCUUCAUGGUUUCCUAUUUUUGAGAUAACAAUGGAAAACCGUAUCUAUCAAUUAGUAAAUCACUUUCAUUUGAACAAAACUAGCUUCAAUCUGAAGUUAUCUUUAGAGAGGUCUGACUGAACUUGUAAAAAUAUUCUGUAAACUCUGAUUGUUUCUGUCUAAAUGAUGCAUGAAAUGAAAUUUUAAAGAAAUCAAAAUAUUUUCGUUUGUUUUGUUUCUUUUUUUUGCCUUUUUUUCAUUUUCUGGAUCUGACAGAAGAGACGAUGCAACAUUCAUAGUGUAUAUAACACACAUGUAGAGAUUCUUAUCUGCACAAUUAUACACACAUUCUUUUUCUUUCUUCCUCAGGUGUGAUGAAGGAUGAGCUGAACUCUGUGGACAUGAAGGAGAGUCUCAGUAAACUGACAGAUCACAGCAGUAGUAAACUUUCCUCCCAGGCCAGCUCCAUACUGGCCAUUCUCUGUGACACCAGUUAAACCAGUGCGAAGCAUCAAAGAAACCCAUUUGCAGUUCGGAAAUAUUCAUUCAUCCAGUGACAAACUUUGAUAACAACAAUCUAAAUGCACAAACUAUAAAACAUAUUUAACCGCACUUAAAAACAAAUCAAAGGUUCUUGGGCAAUAAUCACCAAUCAAAGACAUGCAGAUCUUCAUUUCCUCCUGAGCUUCAGCUCCAUCUCAUGAGCUUCUCUAGUGGGCGGAAUUUGCUCAGCUGUCAUGAAUAUAAUCGUUAGAAGACAAAAAAGCAGAACUAUGUUCAUAAAAAGGAUGUCUUACAAAGAUGAUGUGACAUAGCUGAACUAAAUAUGUUCAAUUUCUCCAGCAAUGUAAAACUUAAAUGAAACUUACCAUUUGACUUAAAGUGUUUCAAGUAAAGGAAAACAUGAAUGACUCCAGUCACAAAUAAGACAAUAAGAUUGUAGAUAAAGGCUGAAUGUAAGGUGUGUUUGGCUUUCUCAGUAUAGUUUUAAAGCCAAGUUGUAAAAUGUUCCUUAAGAUUGGUGCGAAAGCUGAUCUAAAGACCUUCUGUAAAACCAGCUCAACAAACACCAUCACAUAAUUUUAAAUUGUUCUGGUUUGAUUCAUCACUGGCACUUUGUUUAAAAAAGCAAUAAAUCUGAUUCAAAUAACUGAUACUCAGACUUUUAUGGUUAACUGGUGAAUUUUGAGUAUUUUAAAUAUUCUAAGUCUUAAUAACCAGCGUUGAACUUAACAUACAGUCUUAAAUUUAAUGUCAGUAUCUGUUUGUCACUUUGGUGAGCAUAAACUUAUUCUAAAGCUGUUUUAACCAAAUGUUUGUCAGUCCUGCCCGAAGGUGUCAGGCUGAAGCACAAUAAUGAGCAAUUAUUCAGCUGUGGUGUGGGGUAGGUUAGAAGGUCACAUGUUUAUUGUUGUGUACACUAAGUUUAUUGUUGCAGUGGUGAAACAUAGGAAUAUAUGAUUAAACAAAAGACUGUUAGACUUAAAUAAACAGUGUUGUCAAUGUAGCCAAAGAAAGGAUUAUUAGUUUCCAUUUGGGACUUAAUAUGAUUUGAGAAAAAGAGAAGUUUUGUUGGAUGUAAACUCCCCCGAGCCUGAAGUUGUCGCAAUAAAACAGCUGGUUAGUGAGGGUUUAGUAAUCAAAGACUUAAAGGUUUUACAAUAACUCAGAAUGAUAGUGACCAUCAUCAGGAACUUUCAGCAAAAUUUAAAUAAAUAUUGUCAAGAUGAUAUAAAUAAUUUCUGACUGCUCUUCUCAAACAAAGGAGGAUAAAAUCAAAGUACCAAGUACAUAAAAGUCCCAGUUUUAUUUGUCAAAACUAACUGACAGAAAAAUAAACACAGAUUUUCAGUCUGGCUGAAGAAUCUUCCAUAAGGACAAUACAAUAUGAGGACGCCAUAAGCUGAGCUGCUACCAUUACACAUUUGUACAUAUUGUACAGUACACACAAGAAAUCCAAUACAGUUUGUGCACAAUCAUUAAAGUUACAGUAUGUUUACAGAUGGCUACUCAGAGAUAAGGGUGAAAACAAGCAUGUGUGUUUUAACAGAACUAAAAGUGAAUGAUGUGAUAACAUGAAGAAACAGGUGUCAAGUGUUUCAUAUAAUAUCUGUAUUAAAAUAUAUUGAGUCUACAAAAAUAUGUAUCAUUUAACAUUUAUAUUUGACAUUUUGUUGUCUUUGUUCUACACAGAGCAGAAUAAAGUUAUGCAACUUUUUCCCCCAGCUGG